GGAGGGGGAGGAGCGUCGAUGCCGCCUGCGGGCUUGUUGACGUCAACGAUGUACAUCACAAAAGGAUCUGUCAACAAGGUCAGAGACGGAAAGGGUGAUGAAUGACAAGUUUGAAUCACCCCAGCUGGCUGUACGCGCGAUGAAGGACGGUGUGCUUGAUCGUGCGCGGCUGUCGAUGCCCAUGAGGGGAGCACCGUCGGAGCCCUUGAAAGAAGAGCCCGAGCCUGAAACGCACAAAUAUUUGGUGGAGACGGUCUGAGAGCGCAAGCGAUGGAAGAGACUGAUCGUCGAGCCAUGAUUGAUACACACUGUACCCACUACGAUUCAGCUGUAGAAGUACCAAAUAUAGGCAGGGUACUCACGCUCGAGAUUCUUCGC